AAGCCACACACAUGUGAUCAGUGUGACAAGAGUUUCAGACAAAAAGUAGCCCUUAAGAACCACAUAAGAAUCCACACUGGAGAGAAGCCGUACACGUGCCAUCAGUGUGGAAAGAGAUUCAGAUGUCAAGAGGCAAAACAAAGGAAAGGGGGGAUUCAAGACUCUGAGAAGCUCAUGCUUUCCCUUUGCCAACAGAGCUCCAUUUUUCUUACAUGGAUUACUGAGUUAUCUGGACUGUGACGUUCUUCGAAGAACAUCUCUGAGUUGGUGUUCAGUCUACAAGAAAAGAUCUGCAUCCAAACAAACCGAACAACUAAAAUCAGUAACGAUGGAGUUUGUGAAAGAGGAGAGUGAGAUCAUGAGUGAUCCAGAAGUCUCCAGAAUUAAACAUGAAGAUACUGAGGAACUAAUAGACUUGAUAGAUGUGAAGGAGGAAAGUCAAGAGCUGGAAAUACUUUCACAGACUGAAAAAAAUUUCACACAGAAAAAUACUGACAGAGCAGAAGCCAAAAAGUCUUUCACCUGCAGUCAGUGUGGAAAGAAGUUCAGAUGUACAGGACACCUUAAGAUUCACAUGAGAGUUCAUACUGGAGAGAAACCUUUCGCAUGUUAUGAGUGUGGAAAGAGUUUGACACGUAAAGGACAUCUUGAAGAACACAUGAGAAUCCACACUGGAGAGAAACCGUACACAUGUGAACAGUGUGGAAAGAGUUACACACGUAAAGGACACCUUGAGGAACACAUGAGAAUCCACACUGGAGCGAAACCGUACACAUGUGAUCAGUGUGGAAAGAGUUUUACAUUAAAAAGACUUCGCGACAGGCACAUAAGAAUUCAUACAGGAGAGAAACCUUACACAUGCCAUCUGUGUGGAAAUAGUUUCUCACGUCAUGAAAACCUUAAGCUUCAUAUGAAAUUGCACACUGGAGAGAAGCUGCCCACAUGUGAUCUGUGUGGAAAUUGUUUCACAAGUAAAAGAGAUGUUGAGGUCCACAUGAGGAUCCACACUGGAGAGAAGCCGCACAUUUGUUAUCAGUGUGGAAAGAGUUUUACAUAUGCAAACAGUCUCAGUGAUCAUCUACGCUAUCACUCUGGAGAAAGACCAUUUAGCUGCGAUCAGUGUGGUAAAAAGUUUAUUGUGCGAAAAGACCUGAGCAAGCACCUGAAAGUUCAUGCAAAGGAGAAGCCAUAUGCGUGUUCUGAUUGUGGAAAGAGUUUUGCACGAGUGGACACUUUAAAACAGCACCAGAAAACACACACCGGUGAGAAGAAUUAUAUGUGUUUUGAGUGUGUUAAGACUUUUAAUAGAAUCAGCCAUUUGAUAGAGCACCAGAGGACUCACACUGGAGAAAAACCUUACAAGUGUUCACACUGUGACAAGAGAUUCACUCUGUCGUCUCACCUGAAAAGACAUGAGAAGAUCCACACUAGAGAGAAACCAAUCAAGUCAUCUAACUAG